AUGGCGCAAACCUCAACAAUCAGUCAGGUCCUUCCUCUCAUCAUCGUAUUUGCCCUCCUCGGCGUGGGCGGCUGGGUUGGCUACCAAGUCUACAUCAGCGUCGGCAAGAUGUCCGACGUCGCCUCGGAGCGCAUGGGCAAGAAGAACGUCGUAUUCACAAAAGACGGAGUUAAGGUUGGCGUCAAGCAGGUCAAGACUGAGAAUUAUGUCGACGCGACACAGAGCUGGUUCGUCAAAGCGUGGAAUCUAGGCACAGCCCAAGAUGGCAGUCAAGCUAAGAAGCAAAAGUAA